AUCACCAAUUGGCUUCAGUCACAGUUUAUUGAAUGCAUUUGUUACACAAUGAAGAGCAGAUUCAUCUAUUGAUUUUCCUCUCAUUUACAUAAUAAAUAUUUACUGAGUUUACCUUCUAAAUUGGAGAAGCAGUUAUUUUAUUAACAAAAGUAUUAAACUAACAUAGCACUUUGGGAUGAUAUAUGAAAAUAAACGGAUUUCCUAGAAGACUUAUGCUAGCGAGCAUUAACUGCCUUCGUGUUAAGCUGUAUUUACCAGUGAUAUUGACGAAAGUGUUAGUCCGUUCUUAAUGUUACGAAAAGCUUAUUUUUGAUAGUUACAUCGCUCUUCCAACUAGCUGUUUGUCGAGUAUGAGGAAACAAAAUAGUCACUGAUAUUGUUUUUUGAUCAUGAAAAAUAGCAAAAAUGCAGCCAAGUCAGACUAUUUUUAAAUAUAUUCAGAUCCACCAGAAAGACGAUAAAGUGAUAUAGGAGCACAGUGGUUCGUAUCCAAAUAGAAAAUAAACGCCUGAGAAAUGAUUUAAUCCAUUACACGAAGAGUUAACUUUCUCCAUUGUUAAUGAGAAAUCUGCCUCAUUCAGAAAAACCGAUCAGUCCGGUAUUUUACAUGUCUAAACACGAGGUUCAUGUAAAGGAUUGGCAUGUUGAGGUCAAACAAAAGACAGUCCAUAAAUUCUCUCACCCCACACUAGUAUUACAGACUAGCCUACUCGUAUGUGAACAUAGAUGAAACAAAGCCAUGGUUUGCAUGCUUUUUUUACGACCACAUAAUUCCAAUUGGACAAAAAUUAUUUAGGUCAGGCUUUCAGCCCAUGACUAACUUUUAUCUGCCUCCUAUUGGUUUAGAAAGUUCACCCCUGUUAUGAAUUGUCUGAAGUGAAUUAGCAAUCAAGGUCUUAACGAAUUAACCAAUCAUAUUGUAGAUGAAAGUCUGAGUCAUGUAAGACUAGUGGCUGCCAUGCUGGAUAAAGUUUAUUGGGCAAUGCCAUUUUCACUUUGAAUAUCAGGCUAAAGCGGUUCACAGCUUAUCACGCAAUUUUUAUAAUAAGCUUGUACCUGGAAUAUGGGUGGAAGAUCAGGAAAAUUUGUUGUACCUCAUACGGAAGAAAAGACAGGAGAUAGUACCUCUAAACCGGAAACUGUUGAACAAAUCAAAGCACUAGAUACUGAUCAACCAGUACAACUAUUAAAUGGAGUUGUUACAGCUGGACCAGAUGUCCCCAGCAUAGAUGAGUUGGCAGAGUCGACAGAGUGCGUGAAGCUUGAGAAUGGUCACAAAGAAGAUAAAUCAGAUGAGGAAGAAACAGACAAUAAACCAUCUAAGAAAGGAAAUCCAAUUAGCCGAAUUUUAAGACGUAUAUCUAAGAAAACCAUUAGCUUUAAGAAGAAUUCAUGUGACAAAGGUUCUUCGGAGAAACCUGAGGAUGUUCAAGAUGAAACUAAUAAGGAAGAAAAUCCUGUGGAGCCACAGUCUCCAGCAGUUGCUGCAGAAAACAAUGAUAUGGAGCCAGUUGUCGAUAAUUCGGUUUCCUUAGCUGCAGAUAAAUUAGUUCAAGAUGUAAUCCUCUCGGCCACUGCUACUCAUAUGGAAGAAACUCAAGUGUGUGAAUCGAAACCCUGUGAAAAUGGUGGUGAUCAUUUUCCUGAGAUAAAACACGCCCAAGAAUUGUCUUCCGAAGUUGACACCUCAUAUGUCACUUCUAAUGGUGAAGAUUCUUACAUCAAAGAGGAGCCGGUAGUUGACUGUCAAAUGAAAUCCGAAGAUGUUGUCGUUAAUGGUAUCCACUCAUACAAUGGAGAGAUGGAAGAAUUAAACAGCAACAAUACCAAUGUACACAAUGAUGAUAGCUUGAUCCAGUCAAAAUUAGCAAAUCUUGAAUUAGUGAAUGGACAUGCUGAAGUCAAUGGAUUCCAUUGUGAGACGACGACAACAACAGACUCAGUGGUAGUUGCCAACAACUAUUGAGAGAGAGAGAAAGAGCAACAUCAUCAUCAUCACCACCACCAUGUAACAUCUAUUUUGUUAAGUGACUUUACCAAUUUAUCUCACAAAUCAAUAUUAUUUUCCAUCUUUCUGUAACAAAAUUGAUUGUCUUUUGUUUUGGAUAUUCGUUUCCCGUAUAUUAUUAUUUUGUUUCAAUACCUUUGGGACGCCUGAGACGUCACCGGAAAAAAUUGGUGUCAUUUGUUAACAACAACCUGAGUGCUGUCUUCGUCCGCGUGUUUUGGUACAAUAAUAUAUUUGUAUUCAUCACAUCACGUUUUUUUCAUAAUGACCCAAUUUUCAAAAGCAAUCAUGGCCAAUAACUUUUAUCCCUUCUAAUAUUGUAUCUGUAAAUUUCUAUUGAGGAUUACAAUAAUGGUCUUUUUUAAAUGUGUGUAUGCGUCGACUUCAAUUUUUUUAAACACUAAUAUUGACAAUUUUCCUACUUGGUUUUAUUUCAUACCAUUUCUACUUGUUUCUUCGAAAAUAAACUGCUUUUGGGUUGCUUAUAGUAGAGACUUCUCGCGUAUGUAUUUUACUCCCUUUCUCUCUCUAUAUAUAUAUUUUUGUUUUGCCUUCUCAAAAUCACAUCAGAUCGUUAAGAUCUGGUCACGUAUAUGAUCUUUGAAAAAUAAUAUUUCCAUUGACAAUCUCAAAUUCGAAUUCUUUCUUUUAGAAUGACGACGACGCUUCUAUUUUAUUCAAAAAUAAUGUCACCUUGAUUUAUUCACUAUUAAUUUUGAAAUGUACGAAAUACUUUAAAGAAUUUGUGUUUUUUCUUUUUAAAUCUUCAUUGCUUAUAUUCGAUUAUUUGGCUUUAGAGUAUGUUAGCUAAUGCCUAUUAAAUUUCAUCACAUGCUUCUUGGUUGGAUUAGCUUAGUAUCAGGUCAGCGAAUCAGUUAACGAAUAAAUG